AGAAAUAAAAGUGCAUCAAAUUUUUUUAUUUUUUUAGCAAACACUUGCCUCCACCAGCAGGAGAAAAAUUUUGACACAGAGAGAAACACUUUUUAGAGAGAGAGAAAGAUGUGUUAUACUCCUAAGAUGUCCUCCUUGAUGCAAAUAGUAAUUGUUUCUUGGGUGUGGGUUGGGGUUGUGCUUGUGAUUUCGGUGGUGAUGAUGGGGGUUCCGGAGGGGCAAUCAACGCCACCGUGCGCGCAAAAGCUGGUGCCGUGUGAAGAUUACGUGAACUCAACAAAGCCACCCGCUUCGUGCUGUGAGCCACUUAGAGAAGCAGUGACACAAGAGCUAGAUUGUCUCUGCGAUCUCUACAACACCCCUGCCUUCUUGCCCUCCAUCGGCAUCAACAUCAACCUCACUGAUAUGCUUUCUCUUCCAGCCAGCUGCGGCAUCCCCGUUGAUAUCAGCGCCUGCGUCAAUGCUACAGACCCAACUUCACCAUGGUUAACACCUGCAGGAUCAAAUAGAAGCCUGCUGAAGAUUAUAGGAGGCAUCAUAUCCGUUGUGACUGGACUUAUGUUGAUCUCUGUUCUGCUGAUAUGGAGGAAGGAAAAAACGAAUGAUCCAAAUAUGAACAAUCAAAAUGUUGAGUUAGUUUUUGGGAAUUAUGGAUCCCAAGUUCCAAAGCGGUAUAAUUUGUUGGAAACUAGUUGUGAAAACUAGUGUUUGUACGUGUAAAUGAAACUUGUCUAUGCCUGUGUGUACCACGUUAGACUGCAUGUGAAUUGUAUAUUGUGCAACAUGAAUAUAUCGUGUGAAUGUUUGCA